AUGUCUGACGUCGAAGAACAAUACGUUGAAGAACAACCAGUUGUCCAAGAAGAAUUACAGUUAGUUGAAUUAGCUACUGCCAUCCCAGCUGAUGUCCAAGCUGCUCAACAAGAAGUUAAGUUGUUCAACAAGUGGUCAUUUGAAGAUGUUGAAGUCAAGGAUGUUUCCUUAGUUGAUUACAUUCAAAUCAGACAACCAGUUUUUGUCUCUCACACCGCCGGUAGAUACGCUGCCAAGAGAUUCAGAAAGGCUCAAUGUCCAGUUGUUGAAAGAUUAACCAACUCUUUAAUGAUGAACGGUAGAAACAACGGUAAGAAAUUGAAGGCUGUCAGAAUCGUCAAGCACGCUUUAGAAAUCAUCCACGUUUUAACCGAACAAAACCCACUUCAAGUUGUUGUUGACGCUAUUGUCAACUCCGGUUGUAGAGAAGACUCCACCAGAAUCGGUUCUUCUGGUACCGUCAGAAGACAAGCUGUUGAUGUCUCCCCAUUAAGAAGAGUCAACCAAGCUGUCUCUUUAUUGACCAUUGGUGCUAGAGAAGCUGCCUUCAGAAACAUCAAGACUGUUGCUGAAUGUUUGGCUGAAGAAUUAAUUAACGCUGCUAAGGGUUCUUCUACCUCUUACGCUAUCAAAAAGAAGGAUGAAUUAGAAAGAGUUGCUAAAUCUAACCGUUAA